GGCGACAACAACGCAGUUCCUGCGAAAUCAGUCGGAGCCAGCUCCCUCUAAGAUGAUGAUCGAGUGGUGGCUGCCAUGGGUGUGCCUCUUGCCGCUCAUGCAGGCGGAUCCUGUUGCUCCCCAGCUGGAUCUUGGUGUGAAGGACUUCCAGUUGGAGCUUCUGCGCGAGUUAAGCGACCUGGUGCAACAGCGGAUUGAGCCGAGUCUAAACGAUUACCUGGAUCGUCUGGGACGCAUUCCUCGGAAUGCCAACUAUACAGAAGAGAUGAGUGCAGCUCGUGCAACUCCAAAGCUCCAAUUGAAGGUGACGCUCAUCAAGCAGCUGCUCGAUGUGCGUCCGCACCUGGACACGGAUAUGGAGUACACCAUUGUGCUGCGCAACCUGAUCUUUCUGAACCGAGUGAGAUCCACGCUGAGGGCUGCUGAGGAGACCAGCACACAAGAGAUCCGCAUGAUUCGCAUGCACCGCCUCUGCCAGCAACUUGACCGUCCGGCUCCUCAUCGCGGCAGUCGUCUGAUCAACGAACAGACAGUCGGAGCGGCAUUGGAGCAACUCAACCUGACCAAAAAGGAGGUGAACUCCACCGGCUUGGAUCUUAAUGAGUUCGGGGCGCAGCUGUACGAGCGGGUCAAGUUAUCCGGCGCCGAAAUCAUCGACAACUACCUGCACAUCCUGCGCUCCCUGCUACAGGACAUCAUCGACGGCGACCAUGCUGAUCUGGCCGGGAGCAGUGCCAAGCUGGACAAGAUGCAGCAGCAGCUGGACGUCAUGCUUGCCACUCAGGACUUCUUCGAGAAACGGCAGCGGGUGUACGCGUACCUGGAGCUCCACUUGCGCACCGACUACGAGGACAUGAGGGACUCAUCGAGCAGCGAACACAUCACCAAACAUCUACUCGAACAGCUGAAGACCAAGGGACUGGACCUGUUCGUCAUCUUUCUGUUCAGCAACUUUGAAUUCCUAGACCUGGUGCACGAGCACUGGGAGCAGCUGCUGCCACAGUCACCCAGUUUGCUAUACGACGAGACCGCACGCCAAUUGUACGAUCUGCAGCAGCUGUAUCAGGUCUUCAAGCUGGACACGGAGUGCGAGGCCAAGUACACGGCCUACUCGGACGCACUGCGUCGCCUGCACGAGCGGACCGUGGAGCAGGGCCAGCGCAAUCGGCACAUCUUUGAGCUGCUCCAUAACGCGGCACAAAGCGUCGGCACGGUCACCUUCAACAUGAUCCGGGCCAAGUGCAAUGAGCUAAGAUGAGAUGGUAUUGACAAUUAUAAUAAAACCAAACUUUGCUACUUAA